AUGCCUCCUCCCAUUAGCGACCCUGACCAUUACUGGUCAUUAACUGUCGAUAUCACGUCAUAUCCUCUAGAUCGCUUCAUUGAUAAUGGACUACCAUCUCUCCCGGUAGUAAUAAGACCUACAAAUGGCACGUCCAUUCGCUCCAAGAACCAAAAGGUCCUUAUUCGCUGUUUAGAACAGGUUACCACUGAUUUCCGCGACAUCUCCGAGGUACGUCAAUAUGAGAGGGACGGCAUCGUCUGCAGGUCCCGCAACUUGACAGUUGUCCAGACCUUGCUGACGACACGCUCCUUCGGUGGCCUGGCCGUCGAAGCUUUCGUCCCGCAUCAUCUUGCCUGUGUUAAGGGGGUGGUGCGUGGCGUUGACGUUAUACUGCCUGCGUGUGAACUUAUCGAGCUAUUCGAUUCCGUUGGUGCUCUGGAAGCCUUCCGCUGUAGCAGGUUGGACAAUGAUAAACGCGUCCCCACCGAGUCGGUAAUCGUCACGUUCGCCAGUCAUACUUGCCCUUCUGAGGUGAAGUCGUGGCCUCUCAUUUUCCGUGUUGAUGCAUUCCAUCGCAGGGUCGUACAGUGCAGACACUGUUUCCGCUUCGGGCAUGUGACCAAGAACUGUAAAUCGGAUGUAUGUUGUAGGCGUUGUGGUCACAAGCAUGAAGAGCUAGCGUGCCCUGAUGGUGCCCAGCUGAAAUGCCGCCUAUGUGGGGAUCCUCACUAUGCUGACUGCGAGACCUGUAGCUCCCGUGACCAAGAGGUGUUACUUUUGGAAAUUAUGGACUCUCGGCACUGCUUGCGUUAUGAUGCUCUAGCUGCUCUAAGGGGUCGUGGUCCCAGCUUUGCCCGAAAGGCCCAGAGGCCUGUCGAUGGCGACCUGGAGAAGAUGAUCUCUGCUGCCGUGGAAGCUGCUGUAGCCAAGCUCAGGGAAGAAAUCAGUCCGAUGAUUACAAUGCUUGCGUCCUUCUUCCCUCCUUUGCAAGAGGCCGAGGCACCUCAUGCCUCUAAUAAUACCAGCAUUCCCUCGGCUGAACCUAUUGAGCAUAUGCCCACUCACGCACCUCCAUCUCGUCUUCCGGCACCUAGCCAACCUCAACCUCAGCUCACCGACGCCGAGUCUGCUGAUCUUGAAAUGGACUCCGUUUCUGCCAUCCCCAAGCGUGGGGUCUCCCCGCCAUCACCUGGUCACGGCACUCCCGGUGGAAAACGCAACAGGAAGGGCAAUAACAACAUGAACAAGUUUGAUACUGUCACUGAUGUCCUUGCUGCAGCGGUUGCGGAAUCCAUUCUUAGUGAUGGGUAA